AUGCCUGGAACUCCGUCUGCUGCUUCUUCGUCAGUGCCUUUCCUCCCUGGAAUGGAACGGCCGCCUCGGAUCCCGUCGCCCACGACACCUGGUCUGCCGCCUAUGCCUUCCUUUCCUUGCCUACUUCCUGCUGUACACCGUAGCCCGGAGACGCAUGCCUUCCUGGAGACGCGCCCUUCAUCUGUUGCCGGUUGCAGUCCUCCGGUGACCACGCCUGCUCCUGGACCUUCCAGACCCAUCGCUCCACGACGGCACCUGUCUGUGUCUGCCACGCCUACUGGACCUCCGAUGCUCAAAGUGGAUCCCUGCACCAGAUGCUGGCCCAAAUCACCGCCAGAACACUUGCAAAGUCUCGGGUCUCACACAUUUCUACAUCUCCUGGCUCUUCGUCUGCGACUCAUGCUCCUGUGGAAAUUCUCUCAGCGUCGUCGCCUUAAAGAACACCGCAGGACUCAUAACAUCCGGCCACCACUCCAUCCUCCUCUUCAGGAAUCUACUUCAUUGGCUUCUCAGAUUGCCCCUGAUGCUUCGACGACAGAUUCACCAGUUGGACACCACACACGUGCUCGUCUUGCCGCCGGCCAUUCCUGUGCCACGGAUAUCACUUUUCCUCCUCCCGGCGAGAUCCUACCUUCUACCACGGCUGUGCAGACCCGAUCCCUAGACACAUCGGUCAACGUCCAUCCUGGGAAUCCUCUGCCUUCAUCGCCUCAGCCUGUCCUGCCUCCCACGUGUUCCGCUGAAGUCUCGUCGAUGUCCUCUGCUUCCUCCUCGCCUGUGCUCUGCAUCGACACAUCCCCUCUGUCUUCUGAGCCUGCUACGCCUGACGUGCCUGCGCCGACUACUACCCUGUCAUCGCCUCCCCACGUUGAUUCUCCUGAGGAUGUCCACCCAGACCGCCCUCCUUCUGUGGCUGAUGACUCCGCCAGUGACAUCCCUCCUUCGUCUUGUCGUCGCGGCUCAAUUGUUCAUCUUACGAGAGGAGGUUUUCUCAAUCAUCAGGCCCGGCACAAAAGGGAACGCCUUCGACCUGUUUCUCAGCCUCCGCCUCCUAAUGCCUCUCGGGAACCUGCAGCCCGCCAGCCCCGGCCACACACGCCUUCUUCAUUUCCUCCUCGCAGUGUGGAAUCUCCACAGACGUUACUCGCCUGUGAUGCUACACCUCGCUCCACACCAUGCGAUGCUACCAGUAUGCCACGUACAACUCCUCUUCCUCCUGCACCUCCUGAUGUUCCUGCUCCUGCUUCCUUGGUUUCUCCUCCUCGUAAUCCUCACGGCUCUGAUGGGUGGACGACUGUUGCUCCUGCUCGCCGCCGCCGUCGCCGUCGACCUGCACAUGACGCCACGCCUGUUGGGUUACCUGCUCCUGAGCUGCCUUCAUCUUCAUCGCCUGGCUCGUCUCACUCUAGCUCUCCUGCGCCAUCCGUCUUCCAGCACCAGUCCCCACCUGAUGCAUCCAUGGCUGCCUCCGCCUCCUCCUCGCCCGCUGGGUUUGCUGACGAGCCCGGUGUGGACAACCUUCCUUGCCGAGCCUCCUUCACUGGACUCACCGCUUCUCUCUUUCCGUCCACGGCUUUCCGACAUCUUCUCCUCUGA